CUCGGCCGGUCCGACCACCGGCACGUUGCAGUUCCGUUGCCUCGAUCUUAUCUGGCCCCACGUGACGGACGAACGGAACUCGCUCUGGCCUUCUUGGGCCCGUCGUGGCAUCUGCUACGACCGCCUCUGUUUCCGGCGCCUACUCUUCCUCCGACUACUACUAGUACUGCUACUAAUACAGGCCAGACUUCAUCAGCGGUCGCUCCAUGGUUGAUGUAA